CAUUGAUCAUCUCUCUUACAAUUAGCUCGUAUAAUUUGCUGGUGACUUCAUCCAAGACUUUGAUAUCACUUGGGGAGAUGGUCGUGCUAAGAUACUCAACAAUGGCCAGCUUCUUACCCUUAACCUUGACAAAGCUUCUGGCUCUGGAUUUCAGUCGAAGAAUGAGUAUCUUUUUGGAAAGAUUGAUAUGCAGCUCAAGCUUGUCACUAGCAACUCUGCUGGCACUGUCACUGCCUACUAUUUAUCCUCGAAAGGGUCCACAUGGGAUGAGAUAGACUUUGAGUUCUUGGGAAAUCUGAGUGGUGAUCCUUACAUUCUUCAUACUUGUGUAUUUAGCCAAGGCAAAGGUAACGAAGAGCAACAAUUCUAUUUAUGGUUUGACGCAACUGCAGAUUUCCACACCUAUUCCAUUCUUUGAAAUCCUCGGCGUAUCAUGUAAGCAAUUAAAGCAAACCCGUCAUACCAAAAUCUUGUAGUCUCAUUUAGCAUAUUUACAUAAUGUAUAUUGAAGUUAUUUUGUACCUGCGUUUCAGUU